AAUUUAUUUAUUUCGACCUCUUCGAUCAAAAUUAGUCGUAGAUAAAGCGCAAAAUAAGAUUCCGAAUUAUACCCAAUUUUGACCGGAAACCCUAACCCUAGCCCCAAAUUUUUGACCUAGCUUUUCCCAUUUGCCAAUCUGCAAUUCCAAUUCUUCGUUUAUUUUCUGGAAACUCAGCAAUCAAAACCCCCCAUCAUUUUCACCUGGCGUCGAGAAUGUAGAACCAAUUAUUUUAGCAUUUGAUAGAUAUAUUUGUGUGUUAAUAUACAAAAUUAUAGCUAUAGAGAGAUGGGGAGCUCUGAAACAGAAUUAGGAACGGGGGAUUGUGGAGUUGGGAGUAUUGUUUGGGUCCGAAGGCGAAAUGGAUCGUGGUGGCCAGGUAAAAUACUAUGUCCUGAUGAGUUUUCGGCUUCCCAUUUGAUGUCUCCACGAUCUGGGACUCCAGUGAAGCUUCUUGGGAGAGAAGAUGCCAGUGUGGAUUGGUAUAAUUUGGAGAAGUCAAAGCGAGUGAAAGCAUUCAGGUGUGGCGAAUUUGAUGAUUUUAUUCAACGGGCAGAAGCAUCCCUAGGUCUGCCUCCGAAGAAAAGAGAGAAGUAUGCACGACGUGAAGAUGCAAUACUUCAUGCUCUUGAACUUGAGAGGCAGUUAGGUAAAACAUGUGGGAGUUUAGGUUGUUCAUCCACUGAUAGAACCAAUAACUCUACUUAUGCUUUUUCCGGAAGAGAGUCACGAACAUCAUCAAAAUACUUGGGAAAUGGGAAUGGGAGACGUUUAAGAUCUAAAUCUCAUAAACUUUCUCAUAAAUCUGGUUUCUUCCUUGAGGGAAAGAAUACAUGCAACUUAUCUUCUAUGCAGGAAUCCAAAGAUCAUAAUCAGUUUAGUGGGGACGAUGAGAAUUCCGAUGUACCUCUGAGGAUGAGAGGUUUACAGGAUUUGGGUCUCAGUACUGUUCCUUCAGACCAUGCUGUACCUAAUGGGAUUUAUAAUUCAGAAUGCCUAGUUAAUACUAAGAGAAAAAGUUUGUCAGUCAAAAGGAAAUUAUCAGAUGAAGGCUUAGCUGAAAAAAUUAUUGUCAAGAGGCGUGAUAGGAGCUGCCUUCUUGCUCAAGGUUUGAAGAGUUCUGAAAAUUUACCUGACUCAGGUUCUGUUUGCAUCUCUGAGACGGGAGAUGAGCAGCCAGGAGUUGCAAAGAAAAGCGGGUGUAAUAUGGCCGAAGAACCUACAGUAUUUUUGACUGUUGAAGAGAAUAAUCAUGCACAGAUGGAACUUUCAACAUUGAAGCGUGAAGAUAAUGGUUCUCAUCCUGCUGAGUUAUGUGAACAGAAUGCUUCUGGGUCUGCAGAAUAUACUGAAAGUGGUUCUUCUGAGACAGAUUCUGCGGAAGAUACUGAUGACGAGUUGGCCACAAUCUCAGAUGGUGCGGCAUCUAUAGAACUAGAACCAAAAUAUAUAGGAAGAUCUGAAGCACAACCUGAACGUGGGAGUAUCAGCAGUGAAGAACUGGAUGAAAUAACACUUACUGAUGACACUUCUUCUCAUGCUUAUCACCAGGAAUCUCUUUCUGCUGGCUUUGGGGUGUCCAAAUGGCAACUAAAAGGGAAAAGGAAUAAUCGAAGUCUUAACAGGAGGCCUCUGGAUCCUUUUGAUGGAAACCUUGUGAGAAGGCCCUGUUGUAUGACUAGUUUCAAGGGAAAGAGGGGUUAUGUAUGUCUUCAAAAUGACCCCCUUACGAGAUCUUGGGCGCAAAAUGCUGGAUAUGGAUCAAGAGCUCCACGUCCUGCUAGUCAAAACAUGUUCAAUUGUGUGGAUUGGGCUUGGGAUGAUCCAGCAAGCAGAGGUAACUGGGAGGAGUCCACUGAGAAUUUUGAUUCUGUGAAUAGCUACCAUCACUCUGGUGGCAGGACCAUGCUGGUCAAUGUGGACUUAAAAGUCCAAUCAAGUUUUCAGAGAGAGCACAUACCUAUGAUUUCAUUAACGAGUAAGAUAAAUGGGCAGGCAAUAGUUGGAUAUCCUGUCCAAAUUGAAGUGCUUAGUUCUUCUGAUAGCCUCCUUUGGGCAACUGAGUGCAAUUUUCCAGAAUCAUCUGAUAAUGAUACUGCACUCCAACCUAUUUGGAGGACUGCUCGCAGGACUGCAAAUGUUCGUGUUCCGCGGCCCCAUGCAUCACCAGGGUUGGAUAAUCCCAAAGGAAUCAAGCACGUCCAAGGUUUUGACUGCAACAAAAAUGUCAAAAAUGCUAGUGUAAGCGGCAUUGUUCAAAAGGGAAGCAUGACAAGGACAACUUCCCAGCCUGCCACAGAGAGAACAUUUGCAAGAAAGUCUGGAAAAAGGAAUAAUUUAUCUUCCUAUCAAAAGGUUAGAACACUUAAAUCUAUAGCCUUGCAGCAGAAACGUAGUGAUCAGAAGGGUAGUUCCAACUGUCAUCAAGUGGAUGGGGCAAUCAAACGAGAGACACUGCCAACAGUCAUUGCUUGUAUUCCAGUUAAGCUAGUGUUCAGUAGGCUAAGUGAGGAAUUGGUGGGCCGUCAUCAAUAAUCAUUUCUGCUGGGGCUGAAGGACAUCAAUACAAACAAUAACAUAGCGGCUUGUAAAAGUUUGGAGAAAUAUAAUAAUACUGCACCAGCUAGGAGACGGUUUUUUAGUUUAUCUUUUUUGGUCCAGACAAAGGCAACCCCCAUAUGUAUCUGAUCUGAGCAGCUUGAUUGUCAAGGUAAAGCAGGCAAGACAUACCAUAGGAAAUUGCUUAGGAUGGUAUAACAGUUGUACAUGUUUCUUUCAUAAGUAAGCUUUUUUUCUUUAGCUUUUUUCUCGAGGCAUGGAAGUGUGAAAAGCUGAAGGUGGGUUAGCCACAGAUAGUAGACUCUAUAUAUAUGACAUUAUGUAUGUAAAUUGUACUAACUUAAGCUAUCUAUGUAUGACUUGGUGCCACAAACUUGUGGCUUUUACUCUCCACUUUCCCCAUGUGAAAUCAAAUAAUCUCAUUAUGAACUUUCA